AUGACACAAGAAAAUGGGACUGAAGUCAAGGGCUUCUAUCUUCUGGGUUUUGGAGUCCAGCACAACAUUCAGUCUGUCCUCUUCAUUGUGUUUCUUGUCAUCUACAUGACAUCCAUGGUGGGUAACUCUGGGAUGAUCCUCCUCAUCAACACAGACUCCAGACUUCAGACUCCCAUGUACUUCUUCCUGCAACAUCUGGCUUUCGUUGACAUCUGUUACACAUCUGCCAUCACCCCCAAGAUGCUGCAGAACUUCACGGUAGAAGACAGAUCCAUAUCAUCUGGAGGGUGUGUGCUGCAGUUACUGAUCUACGCAACAUGAGCUACUUGCGACUGCUACCUGCUGGCAGCUAUGGCAGUGGAUCGCUACGCUGCCAUCUGCAACCCACUUCAUUAUCCCAUACUCAUGUCGCGAAAAGUCUGCAUCUGGAUGGUAGCCGGUUCCUAUCUCAUCGGAUCAAUAAAUUCUUCAGUACACACAGGCUUUACAUUUUCAUUGUCAUACUGUAAAUCUAAUCACGUCAAUCACUUUUUCUGUGACGUCCCCCCAAUUAUUAGCCUUUCGUGCUCCAACACUGACACCAACGUCAGGCUUCUUGUUAUCUUUGUCGGAUUCAACCUGGUGUUCACUGUGUUGGUCGUCAUCUUCUCCUACAUGUACAUCAUGGCCGCCAUCCUAAAGAUGUCCUCUGCUGCAGGGAGGAAGAAAACCUUCUCCACAUGUGCCUCCCACCUGACAGCAGUCUCCAUUUUCUACGGAACCCUGGCUUACAUGUACUUACAACCUCAUUCUGACCGUUCUGAGGAGAAGAUGAAAGUGGCCUCUGUGUUUUAUGGCAUUGUGAUUCCCAUGUUGAACCCUCUGAUCUACAGCUUGAGGAACAAGGAAGUAAAAGAUGCUAUAAAAGCCACAGGGAAAAAGUUCUUCAGAUUUGAUUCAUGA